GCAUGGCACCUUGCGGCGGACGGGGAGGGUAUCGCUGGACGAGACGGAGUCCAAGGUGGACGGCAGUACGAGCAACGGGGACGACACCUCCGUUGUCGUCCAGAUCGGCAAACCAGAAUUUACAGUUGGGUGUUAAUGGAUGUUUCGACUUCAAAGAUUGUUACUGAAACUGUUAAUAGCGACGGAUGUUUCUGUUAACAUUGCACUAGUUGCAAUCCGAAAUCUACCAGCCGGACUAAACCGAUUGAACUGAGAGUUGCGAUAGUACUCACAGUUUUCAGCAAACAAACAGGUUUUAUUACUUUCAGUUUUGAGCUAGCUAUAGUUCCGACUUGAAUGUGGUAAAAGAAACUUCACUUUAUGCUCUUCAGCUAACGGUGGCACCGUCAUUGGAGUGGGAGGUGUCGCCAACAAGGCACUCGCUGAUGUUUUCUUGGCAGAGGCCAAUCGCCGCAAUUUCAUGGCGCGGAUCAGGCUUGCAGUUCAACUCGGGCCGAUGUAUUGGGUACAUGAACUUACUGACUGGGUCUACAUGUUGAUGGGAUCCACAAGGUAUCGUGAGAGGGACUUCUGGUCCUGGCUUGGAGUGGUGGGCGACCCUAUCCAGAACAAUGAUGAUACCUGUUCGAUAUGCGCAACGCUGGUCUGCCUCGAGGCCCGGCAUCGCUUGGACUUUGAGAGGCGAUACGGCUUCAACAAAUUUCCCUUCUAUAUCACGGCAGCAGCGGUCGCGGACUUGAAGAAUCAAUGCGCGGUGCGUGGUGUGUGGACACCUCUAUAUGGUGCUCAUGAGGAGGGGGUGCUGAGGGUGAUCCAGGCGAUGGGAGGGGCUGCAGUGGCCAACAGGUUCGGUUGGAAGCCCUGCAAACUUCAGGUGAAGAGUUGGGAGUGCCACUCGAACCGGGACCACAAUGGCCAGGCAAUGCGGCAGUCCGAGAUUGCAAAGUUGAUCCACACGAAGGGACCACUUUUAGGUACAAUUCUAGUGCAUACUAAGAGCUAUUAUGCCCCAGGCUGGGAGGAUCGAGUUUAUCGUGGAAAACCAAGAGGAACAAAGGGUAACGGUCACUUGGUGGUAUGUACCUCAUACCGCUACCACCCGACUGGCCGGGUGGGCAGCCCGACCGAGCUCCACAUUGAGGUGGUCGAUAACCACGCCCGGACCGGACCGGUGAGGUGGAUUCUCGCCAUUGCCUUCACCAGGUUUUUCGUGGUUCACGUGGAGCCACUGAAUGCUAGAGAGGUCCGGCCCAGCCUGUGGCGCCGUCUCCUGAACACUAUUCUUAGGAUCUUUCGGCUGGCAGGGCAUUACUGAGACUUGUUGAUUUUGUUUCCUCGAUUUUGUGUACACUGCUAAAGAGACGUUGGGUAUGAUAUAUAGUUGACUGUAUAUUUUACAAUUUCAUACAGCUUACAUAGUAGGAUUCCAUGUAGUA